AACUGUUAUCCAUAUCAAUGGCAAUCUAACAUCAACGUAGAAGUUGAUAGAAAUCAUCACAGCUUACUAGUACGAUUUUCUCAUGCCGAACAAGUAACGAACUUUGUGAAUUACACAGUGGUGUUACAGAGAGAUAAUUAUAAUACAACUGAAACAACAAAUGAGGUGAAACCUUUCGAUCCUCAUGAGUCAGAAAGUAAAAAGUGUCUGUGUUACAAGUCAGAAGGACGCUGUAAGACAUGUAAAGCCACCAUAAAACAAAUAGCCAUCAGUGAACUAGAUGAUUCUAAAUGUAAUGAGACAACUAAUUUAAUAACUGCAAAGAGAAUUUCAACACCUGUAAGUUCACCAUCUGUAAUUUCAACACCUGUAAGUUCAACACCUGUAAUUUCAACACCUGUAAUUUCAACACCUGUAAUUUCAACACCUGUAAUUUCAACAUCUGUAAUUUCAACACCUUUAAGUUCAACACCUGUAAUUUCAACACCUGUAAUUUCAACACCUGUAAGUUCAACACCUGUAAAUGAGUCAUCAUCUACAAAGAAUUCAAUGUUUGAAAAGAACUCUACAACUACAGCAAGAACCACGACAACAUCUAGGAAUAAAGGCAUACAACAAAGUGAAAUUACGUGGGCUGUUAUUGGCAGUUUAGCUGCUUUAUUUAUGGCUUUCACUUUCAUCUGUUUCAUACUUUUAGCAAAAAGAGAAAGCCCAACUGACAAGAAAAUCUUGUUUCUAUACUCUCACGACCACCAGCAUCAUCUCGACGUCGGCAAAGCCAUGGCAACAUACCUGCAACACUUCAAGUGCCAUGUUCUUUAUCCACCGUUAUUCGCUGAGGAAGAGAUAAAACAAUGGUUACACAAGACAGUUGCCGAUUGUGAUUUUGUCUUACUGCUACAUUCGGAAUGCAUUAAGCGCCAGAGUGAACCAUGGGCUUCUGGUUUAGAAUAUCCACAGUUACGAGACAACCGAAAUGAAAAUGUCCUGAUGUCAAUUCUUACCAUGAUUAGAGAAUGUCCUCUCUUGCAGUUAUAUCAUUCGAAAUACAUCUCGUGCCGCUUGGAACACUUGUCUGAGGGUUAUGUUCUCACUGAAUUUCCUUCGGUUCAAAAUUUCGUCCUGACCAGAGACCUGAAGAAGCUGGUUUACUAUAUCCAUCGUAUUCCCCCUAACAGUGUUCUCAAAACAUUAACAUUGAGAUCUUCUGAUAGUUCGACUUCCUCAAUGGCACUACAGCAAGCCGCUCAAAAAGCUGCUGAAUUUGAAAAAAAUAAAAUGUGGUUCACUCAGAAGUACAGUUACUUGGUGCCACGUUGUGGCGUAUUAAACGACAAAUGCGAUUGCCGUUCUGCAUUAAACGAAGAAUUCGACGGCACGGUUGACAUCCCCAAAUUACCACUAAACUCCUUUCACGAUGUGAAUUUCGAUGAUUCCAUGUCCACCGAAUACUGUUAUUUCAACGAUAGACACUCGUUUUCGGAAAUGUCACUGGUCAGUUCUGAACUAGCAAUGCUAAAUGAGCGCAAUGACCAACAGGAUAAAAACAGAUACAAUGUCUUGCCUUCAUUGUCUGAAGAUACGGUGUGAGUAACUGGACAGAUGUAAUGUAUGCCUCUAAUCAUGGUUCAAAUCUAGUGUGUUUUUGAAAGAACCAAGGCAGUUGGGUUCAUAUCUGUGUAUUAUUAUCAUCAUCAUCAUUUAACAUCCGUUUUCCAUGCUGGCAUGGGUUGGACGGUUUAACUGGGGUCUGGGAAGCCAGGAAGCCGCAUCAGGCUCCAAUCUGAUCUGGCAGAGUUUCUACAGCUGGAUGCCCUUCCAAAUGUCAACCACUCUGAGAGUGUGUGGGUGCUUUUUACGUGCCACUGGCUCAGAAGCCAGACAGGGCAAAGGGGCUGGCAUGGACCACAUUCGGAUGGUGCUUUUUACGUGCCACCGGCACAGGAGCCAGUCAGGCAGUGAUGGCAUCAGUCACAUUCAGGCAGCUCUUUUUACGUGCCACUGGUACAGGAGCCAGCUGGGGCAAGGGAGCUGGCAUUGACCACAUUCGGAUGGUGCUUUUUAUGUGCCACUGGCACAGGAGCCAGUCAGGCGGUGAUGGCAUCAGCCA